UUCAACUUCAACUUGGGAUGUCCCAAAGAUCCAAAUUAGCAAGGAUCAUAUGUUGAGGACGGGCUUUGGUUAGCCAAUUUCUGACGUGAAAGCAGGAUGCCGGUAUACAUCAGAAAAGGGCCUGCAGAUAUCCCCGAGCCCCCCGACAGCGGCCACGGUGAUGACGAGGAGGAGUUGUUCCUGAGUGACCCUGAUCAACUCCAGGACCAGCUCCCCCAGCCAUUCAGAAUGAUAGACAAGGUCCUGGACAGACUUGUAGACAGGGCAUGGGACUUCAUCUCACAGAGAGAAACUGUCAGGGUCACAGAGCAAGCUAUUAAAACUAUACCCAUUAUGCAGGUCUCAGGGGACGUAAAGCUCCCUGUGAGGACCAACUGCGUGGCCUGCUCUGAGGAUGGCAGGUACAUCUUCCUGGGUCACCCCCACGGCCUGUCUGUUAUGGCUCUGCCCCAGGGUAUCACCACCUCCUCCUCUUCCUCUCCCUACUGUGUGCCAGUGUGGCAGGAGGACCAGGUAGAGAUCACCUCUCUUCACAUCACCUGUCUGGGGGAGAUGGCCUACCUGCUGGCAUCCCUGGAUGAUAUGGGUGUUGCCAGACUGUUUGCUUAUUACUCAGAAACCAGCCACCUGAUAAAAGUCAUGAAUGAAACAGAUGACCUCAACCAGAGAAGUGUCUGUGUGAAGUUUGAACUGUCCAGAGGAGGAGACUACGGAGCUGCUACCAUCAGCUGUAAUGGAUGUCAGUGUUUAGAGGUGUACAGGUUCCCUAAAGACUCCUGGCUGAAAGAGCUGUCCCAGCAUGCACCUGGAGUAGGAGAUACAGGCAAACUGUCUCCUGUCGCCAUGCUGAUGAAGAUCAAACCACCUAAACCUCACACAGGAGAGGAGCGGCCUAACCCCAACGGAGGAGAGGGGCGGCCUAGCCCCAAUGGAGAGGAGGACCUAGCCCCAGCGGAGGAGAGGAGCGACCUAAGCCCCAACGGAGGAGAGGAGCGGCCUAGCCCAACGGAGGAGAGGAGCGGCCUAGCCCCAACGGAGGAGAGGAGGGACCUAGCCCCAGCGGAGGAGAGGAGCGACCUAACCCCCAGCGGAGGAGAGGGCGGCCUAGCCCUACGGAGGAGAGGAGCGGCCUAG